AUGUGGUCUCUCGGAUUUCUGGUAGCCUUGCUGCCUAUGAUGAGCGCUGCUAGUCCUCUGCCUGCGAUUGAUCUCGUGGGACGCACCAACAAACAAAUUAUGAAGAUCGACCCCAAGUGUCCGCCAGGCACCACCCCGGGCUUUGAGGUCUACACAGCGCGCUACGACGUUCCUGCCAAGGAAUUCUUUGCCAAGGUCGGCUCGUUUUUCGACGAGGAAUGGUAUAUUGGCUUGCCACCAAAUGCCACGCACGGUCGCGACAAUACCAGAGGCUCGAUUCGCGAGAUUGACUUUGCCGGAACUAUCUUGCAUGAGCAGCUCGUCAAGUACAUCCACAAGCCAGCACUGCUCGAGCUUGAAUGGCACCUGGUCAAUGGACCCAUCAAUGUGACUGGCGCUGUGGCCGAUGACCCGCCCGACGAGAAGAUCCUUUUUGGCAGCUACACCGAAGAUCUGCGUGUCGAGUCCAUCUGCCAAGGAAGCGCAACCUUUAUCACCUUCACCGGUCGCUACUGUUUUGACAAGCCAGGCCCGGCAUACAAGGUGUUUGACGUAGCGCACUCGACAUCUAUCGAAGCGGUGGCCAACGACCUCAACGCCACACUCAUCCAGGGUAACGGCACUUGCCCCUCUUAG